GUGCCACUACAGCAACCUGGCCUUCUCCCUGCUGGCCCACGUGCUGGCCGAGCACGGGGCCGACAGGCAGUACCAGCGCUGGAUCUCGGAGCACAUCCUGGACCGCCUGGGCAUGGAGGACACGGGCUUCGACCUGACGCCGCCCAUCCGCGCCCAGAUGGCCGUGGGCUUCUACGGCAGCCGCCAGCCCGCCCCGCUCUACGACCUGGGCUGGUACAGACCCUCUGGGCAGAUGUACUCCACGGCUGCCGACCUGGCCAAGCUGGCCAUGGUCUUCUUGGGCACCUACCACCGCCGGCUGCUGGAGCCGGACACGGUGAAGACCAUGCUGACCCCGCUGCUCAAGUGCUCCAGCGACUACUUUGCCAACAAGACAGGCACGCCCUGGGAGAUCAACGAGCAGCUGGGCUACGAUGUCAUCAGGAAGGAUGGGGACCUCGAUGGCUACUCAGCCACCUUCUCUCUUAUCCCCAAGCUCCACCUGAGCUUCAUCGUGCUCAUGUCGGGGCCCAGGCCUCAGGGUGGGGAUGUUGUGACUCAGACUUACGAGUAUCUCAUUCCGGCCAUGGAGACGGCUUUCAGGGAGGCAGAGAAGAGCGUGGUUCCCCCUCCAAACCCCAUCCCUUAUGUUGGCUACUACACCUAUUCCAACCUGACUUUCUAUGAGAUCAAAGUUGGCAUUGGUGGGGUGCUGAUCAUGCAGCAGUUUGGGCCUCACGUAGAAGAGCUGAUCCCCGAGAAGUACCGGACAAUCAAGCUCCACCACCUGGAGGAUCGUGUUUUCCAAGUCGUUUUUGACAAGGAGUUCCCGUGUGUCCUGCACCUGGGCUCUGCCUCCAUCUCCCUGGAGACCCAAAAUGGGCAGCUCUUUAACUUUUACCCCUUUGACCGCAAGGGUUUGUCUCCAGGCUUCGAUGCCCCGGGGUUGAACACGUACAACGUGGUGCGUGUGCUCCGCAAGCCCGUGUUCUACAGCUAAACACCCCCUGCUCCCCUCACCUCUUCUGGGAGGUGGCUCCAAAUCUGUGUCUUACCAGACUCUGGUUGGCUCCACGGAAGCCAUUUAAAAGGGAAAGGUGGUGGCAAAUGAUUCUUUUGCCAAACAGAUACUUCUAAAACAACUUCCCGCUUCUG